AUGACGCUCACAGUACUGUCCGACGACCAGGUCAACUCGAUAUUGGAGAGCCUCACCCUCGAUGAGCUCGAAGAGUUUCGCCGUGUCCUCGCCGAGGCGCUGCAUGAAUUCUCGACCGGCUCCCAGGUAGAUGGCGCCGACGCCUUUCAGCAGCCGCAUCGCAUCACCACGCAGCACCCCGAGACAAAGGCCACGACUCUGUACAUGCCAUCAUGCGGUCCGCAGGGCAUGGGCUGCAAAGUCGUGUCGCUGACGACAUCCGCCGCAAUGCAGGAUCCCUCCGUAAAGCCGAUUAGCCCGACCGGCGUCGUCAACCUCUUCUCACCCGGCGGCGAGCUGACCGGUGUCGUCCACGCCAGCAGCCUGACCGCGUUCCGCACGGCUCUCGGCUCCGCAUGUCUCGUCUCCCGCCGCAACCACGUGCGCGACAUUACCGUCUUUGGCAGCGGCUCACAGGCUUACUGGCACGUUCGCCUCGCGCUCAUGAUGCGCGGCAGCACCGUGCGCCACGUCUACAUCAUCAACCAUCGCUUCUCCGAGAGCGCGGCCCUGAUGCUCAAGAGGUUCUCCAUCAUCCCGCAGGCCAUCAAGGAGCGCGAAGGGUGGGCGAAUGCAAAGUUUUCGAUUCUGACGCCGACGUUUCAUGAGUUUGACCGUCUGCAAAAAGAAUACCUUCGCGCUUCAGACGUCAUUUACUGCUGCACGCCGUCGCGAAAGGAGCUGUUUGAUGCGCACAUUCUGACGAAUCACGAGGGUCGCAAAAAGGGACGGCUUAUCGUGGCCGUCGGAAGUUUUACGCCCGAGAUGCGCGAACUCCCCGAACUACUGCUGCACCGGGUUACGAAGCAUCACGACAAGCACGACAAGCCGCACCGCCACUUCCACAAGCAUGCUGAAGAGGGCGGCGUCAUUGUUGUCGAUACUUUGGAGGGUGUAUUAAAGGAGGCAGGCGAAAUCAUUUCUGCCCAGAUUCCGGCGACGCACCUCGUUGAACUGGGCGAACUUGUUAUGCUUCACAAAUUGCGAGUUGAAGAAUCCGAAGCAGAGGCCUCUGCCUCUGACGCGACCAGCGAAUUCGAGCGAACCGACACCACCGACUCUGGUUCGGCCAUGUCCGGCGUCUACGCAAGCCAGCCCUCGCGCCCGGCCAGUCCGGCGAGCUCGACUUCGUCCAACCACAAGUCAACUUUCCACCUUCCUUUUCGUUCAAAGUCUGGUUCUUCAGCAGACCAGGGCGAAAAGAAGAAGAAGGAAGAUCACAUGGUGCGCUGGCUGCGCGACGGUACCGUCGUGUAUAAGAGUGUUGGCUUGGGCUUGAUGGAUCUCGUGAUCGGUACUCAUCUCAUCAAUGUUGCUUCGAGGAAGAAUGUAGGCACUCGUAUAGAGGAAUUUUGA